UCCCGGAAUCCCAGACCGAGACCACGGGAGAUAUGCCGUAUCAAGAACCCGAGCUGAUGAUGGAGAAAGGAGACGCCUACGGAAUAGACGCGAGUCAAUGCGCGGUCCCCGAGGACCGGUACGGUGUUACGAGUCCAACCUCCAAAAGCUCUGAAUCAGUGCCGCGCAAGUUACAACGACGUACAUUUCCCCUAUACACCUGCGAAGUUGCGCAGUCAUCCCAGUUCGUUGACGUCAAGAUUGUUAACUUAUUCGAAACGGAAGGCCUCGUUACUUUGACGGUCGUUUUGAUCGAUAGACAGGAACUCGUUGAGGAAGCCCUCAGUCUCAUUGAACCCGAAACUUUGAAGCCUCUUUACUCAUCUGAUUUGCUGAGUAAAAACCCCGGUGUCAUGAAGUAUGGUGAAUCUUGGGUUCGUGUCGUAGUUGUGGGGAGACCCAGUCCCAACACCUGCAUCGUACAUCUAGUUGACUACGGUGAGCAAGCGCGGUGCAGCGUGACCGAAGUUUUCUGCUGCCCGCCAGAAUUCGUCCCCAUCGAGAUGUGCACCGUGGAUUAUCACACUAAGAGAACCAAAUCAGAUCCUCUUGACCCGGAGUCUUUUUUGGGACAGGUUAUUGUGCUUGGACAUUCCUCAUCGGGCACUUUCGAAAUAUUUUCCCGCGAAACUGGGGAAGCUAUAGCAUUUUGAUGAAUCAGAAACAUACUUGAAUAAAUCGAAAGGAUGGUUCCUCACUAAAAA